UGGGACGCUUGCAGGGAUGACCAGAAACUCCAGGAUGGUAAAGAAGAUUCCCCACUCAGUUCACAAACCAUCUUCAUUUCCCCAGUCUUAGUUUUCCCAGUUAUUUGGUCUGAGAGGUUUUUUGUGGUCUGUGUCUCUUAUGUAACACUGUAACAUAAACAGUUUUGCAACUGUUCAACUCUCUUUGCUAAACAUGUUUGUUGAAACAAAGUUCAGAGGCUGUUUGAACUCCUGCUGGACGGAAUUUGAUUUCCAUGGGGAAGAGGCAUUGAAAAAUUAAAUAUGGAAAGAAUAGAGAAACAUUUUUGUCGACAGGAACUACACCAGCAAGGCAACUGGCACAGAUAAUUACAGAUCUGAGCUCGUGGCAGCUAAAGAAUAAUAACAGUUAAGAUAUUGCUUUGUUGCUCAUCCCCACUAGGUGCUUUUUCCCAUGUAGGUGAUCUGUUACUACCUGGAAAGAAUUCAGUUGUUCUGCUUCUAACUGCAGUUCUGUAAGGGGAUGUUUAUUGUUCACUAUUAAUGUCAAAGUGCAAGGACAAGAAAGAAGAUGUCUGUGGUUUGAAUGGCAAAAUGAAACUGCAGAGAGGAGUUUCCUGCCCCGUGGGAAUCUGAAUUUCCUGCGUGUGCAGCUCGAGUUUGCUGCUUGAUGUCUUUGCACCUCCUUUCAGAAGGGCUGCUGGGGGCACAGCUGAAUUUGAGACACGUGUCCAGAGAGCCACGUUGGUGAGAGACACCUGGCUGAGUGUCCUCCCAAGUGAACUCAGCAAACUCAUGGCCCAGGUGGAUCUGUGUGUGUUCUGUGUGUGCCACCACCAGGGAAAGGGCAAUUCUUAAGGCACUUCUCUGUGGCCACAAAGAAUCUGGGCAGAAAUCUCUUUAAUUAAUCAUGUAGGAAAUGUUUCCUUUCCUCUUCCAGUUCUCUCUGCAGCAGUAGGCAAAGAUCAGAAAAUAACUGCAUUAAUCCAUGAGGAAGUUCUCCCAGCACAUCAGUUCCCACUGACACAACUAUUCCCAAUCCCCUCUACCAGGAUAUGUAUUCUGGUUCUGUGUUUCACAAAGUCAGAACUGAAUCCAGGGAUCCCUUCCAAACUCAAGCACUGUGUGAUAGUCCUGUCCUAACCAUUUUUGUGGGUCUCCAUAAGUGGUUUUAUUUUUUAAUGUAUGCCCUAGAGUUCUGUUCUCUUUUCACAGCCAUUCUUACUGGGGCUCGUCUUGUUGACACGUCAGGUCAAGACAAAAGAGAGUUUGGGGGAAGAUAAUGAAGUAACUUGGCAGAUUUUUCCAUGGAAUUCAUCUAAAGCAUGGGAAAAAACGUGUUUGAAAUUAUAGUAGUGACUUCUUUGGUCAACUGAGUGUGGGAGUUGGCAUCUCAUGAGUCAGGGGAAUGACCACAAAAUGCCUUAAAAUGAAGACAGGAAGUUUCUAUUGGCUGCACUCAAAAAGCAGAAGGGAGGCUGGAGGAGCUUGAGGAAAAGAAUUGAGAAAGGUCAGACAGAACAAUAAUUCCCAGAGUGCUUUGAAGCACCACGUUGAAAAUACAGGAAUGAUCAAAGACUGGGUUGGCCAAGGAAAAGAAUCUGGAUACAGUGAGACCCUGGGGGGAUGAACAGUCUCUUGGAAGGUUGUACAGGAGGAUGAAGAAACCUUUGGAAUAUCAGGAUUGCCCAGGGAAGCUGUGGCUGCCCCUGGAUCCCUGGAAGUGUCCAAGGCCAGGUUGGACAGGGCUUGGAGCAACCUGGGCUGGUGGAAGGUGUCCCUGCCCAUGGCAGGGGUGGCACUGGAUGGGCUUUGAGGUCCUUCCUACCCAAACCAUCCUGUGACUCUACAAUCCAUGAGAAUGAUUCCAGCAACAAUAGAAUCUUUUCCCAGAUCAGUUGUAAAAUUCUUGUCAUGACUCAAAAUGGUGUUUAAUGGACAGAGUGAGGGACCUGGAACACAGUCAGGGCCCUCUGAGACAGUGUUUGACAAGAACAUCUUGGGUGUGUUGGUUCACACCGGGUUUUGAGCCCCAUCUGGAGGGAUCAGCACGAGCCUGAACACAGCGGAGCGAUCCAAGAACCAGCUCCUUGGAGCCCUGGAUUAGUGCCAGGGGUCAGUUCUCCCCGACUCUGCAGGUGGGAGGUGUGGAGGAAAGCAGCAGGAAGGUGUGAAGGAAGGUGCCAGUGGCACUGAGGGAAUGCUGAGCAUUGCAGUGAGUGUUGGCAGCAGCUGAACUGCCCCCUGCAGACACACAGGGCAUUAACUCCCACUUUCACUUUCCAGUGUACCUCGGCUUUCUGUCUGCAGCUGUUUGCAGCCUGCCUGAAAGAAUUCUGGGAGGGCCUCCUUACAACCUGCAAAUGGAGUCCAACAACUUCCAGCACAUUCUGUCCUGGCAGGCAAGGAAUGACCCAGCUGUGCCAACCUCCUACAGGGUGUUCUACAGACCCCGCAGGAACUGGGACUGGACAACUGCCAGGCAGUGCUCAGGCACUGCCCAGCUCUCCUGUGACCUGACAGAGGAUUUCAAAGACACUGAGUAUUAUGUGUUUGUUCAGAGCAUCACAGGAACCAGGGUGUUCAACUCUUCCGUGCUGCAUUUUGCACCACUAACUCAGAGAAAUAUCAUCGUGCCAAGUAUUGACAAAUACAAAGUAAAAAUCUCUGAAGUGCAAAAGGAAUCCAUCAGGAGGUGGGUCUACCCAUCCUGGAUAUUUCCAGCAGAAGAAGUAGACUCCAUGGAGGUCAUCCCCCGAGAGGUUAAACCCAAGGCCAGUGGGGGCAGUGGCAGUGGCAGUGACAGUGACAGCGAGGACAGUGACAGCAGUGCCCUGUGGGACCACGACUACACGAGGAGGGGGGUGCUGGGCAGAGCCCCCCCUGCCCCUGGCACCCCCCCCGUGCAGUACUCGGAGAACAGGCCCCCUGAGGACAGCGGCACCCCGGGCACUGCCAGCGCAGCCCCCGAGCCCCGGGGCUCUGAGGAGCACCACUCGGACCUGGAGGGAGAGCAGGACACGGGCGGGGAGGGGCCGAGCCCUCUCCCUGAGCUCAGCUGUCAGUGCCCUGCCGGGCAGAGUGGCAGUGCCUGCUUCACCAUCAACCUGCAGAGCGUGCUGCUGGGCACCCUGGAGGGGAGCGGGCACGGCCCCGCCGCCGCUCUGCCUGCCCAGGGGCACGAGGGGCUCUGGCAGUGUGACCCUGCCUUGGAGGCAAAGGAUGACACGGGCACUGGGCACAAAGCACUGGGUGCUGAUGACUUCCAGGAAUGGCAGAACUCUCCUUCCGAGGAGGAAAGCGACUCCUCGGAGUCAGACACGGAGCAAGUGACUGGGUACAUGAGGAGGUGAAGGAGGGAGAGCCACUGUCACCUUGUAGCAGACGAGUCCACACUGUCCAGCUUUUAUUUCUGGACUGAACAUACAGAUCUUGUCUUCUUAUUAACAUUCUGUGAGGGUGGACCUCCCCUGCAGACAGAGCUGGAGAAGAGAAGGCUCCAGAAGGACCUGAGAGCCCCUUGCAGGGCCUAAAGGGGCUCCAGGAGAGCUGGAGAGGGACUGGG